CAAUCAACUCCUUCCCUCUCUUACGCCCUGCCUGCCUGCCCAUCCCAAAGUUCCCUUCCCUCCCUUUGCGCUCCCAGUAAUGCAAGUGAUAAACAGAUGUGAAAGAAAAAAUAGAAAAAAUAAGGCAGCGCCAAAACCAGAAAGAGCAAAAAGAAAACUACACCCCAGGAUAGAAAACCUCAAGUCAAAGCACUCUUAGUCCUAGAAUGCACCCUCCUCCCGCCACCCCCCUGGCUAGCCGACUCCUUCCGCUUCAGCUGCUCCUCCCUCUUCAUCACCAACUCGCACCACUUCCCCUUCAUCUUCGACCCUCCCGCUCCUCCCGCCACCACAGAGCCAACAACAUCAUCCACCCCGUCCCCGGGCACCACUUCCUUCCCCACCACCUCCCCAAGCACCUUCAUCCACCCCUCCUUGUCCUCGGCCGUGUCUGCAUAAAAGUCAAUCAACUCCCCGUUGUUGAACCUGAUCCUGAACCCCUCCUCCACAAACAUGUACCCCUCCUCAUCCUCCGCAAACGCGCUCCUCCUCCUCUUGCCCCCCUUCCCAAGCGUCUCCUUCUCCAUCAGCGUCCUCCGAUCAUCGAUCAACCUCUUGGCAUUCGCCAAAUUAAUCGUGGCCCUGGGCUGCCUCGUAGCCUCGUGUAGGGACAAUCCCCGCCCUGCUGGCUGA